AUGUUAUGUGACGGCAGGGAUAGCAUCAACACCAUGUGCACAUCCACAAAGUCCAAGCCACGAGCGGCUAGAUCAGUGCACAGAAUUACUGACGCGGUUUUACUGUUAAAGUCCCCCAUCGCGGUGAUUCUGUCCAGCUCAUCUUUAGUCGGGCUUAGGGAGCGGAAGGACACCUGCGUCUGCUUGGAGAGGACAGUCUCGAGCUCCUCAAUCUGUCGCCGGGUGCCGAAAACCACAGUGCGGCCGAAGCCCUCCGUGGCAAGGAGCCGCAUCGCCGUCUCCACUCGAGAAUCGUACGGGCAGUGCAUCGCGAAACACUCAAGCUGUUCCGGUAGCUUAGCUGUGCCAACCGUCACAAGCUGGUAG